AUCCAAAUGUCUGACACUAUCGCUGGCUCUUGUCGAAAGCGGCCAGUUGCACCAUUCAUUUGUUACAGCCAGCAACAAUUCAAGGAAAUGCAAGGGCCAGACAACACUCGACGAAAAAUGACUAGAAAGGAGAUUGGGGAAAGGUGGAAGGCACUCCCCUCUGAUGAGAAAAAGAGGUUUGUCGAAAUGGCUAAGGCGAGCGCUGAGGAACACGCCAAAGUAGUACCAUGUGCACCGAAGUCUGAAAAGGGUAAAAGGCAACUCCGCAUAUCAUUGAAGUCAAUUGUUGAGCUAGUUAACCGGUUCAACGAAGCACAAAAGCAGGCAGUCAUUGACAUUGGGUUUGCUGGCCUCCUGGGGAUGAAGUGUACACGUAUAGAUCACGACUUGUGCGCAUGGUUGGUACAGAACUUCGAUCCUGACAGUAGUUCAUUGAAUGUUCAUGGUUGUCAAGUCAGGCUCACGUGUAAGGCAGUUAAUGUUUUAUUGGGAAUACGGUGUGAAGGCGAUGACGUGCAGUUGGCUGGGUCAUUGGAAGCAUAUCCCAAUAUCUACGAUGAGGUUGGAGUUGUUAACGGAGUCAUUCCUUUGAACAAGUUGAGACUUUAUCUGACCGAGACUGCUGGUGCGGAGGACGAGUUUCGGCGGAAAUUUGCGCUGUACGUGUUGGGGGCCAUGUUGUGUCCUACCACAAUGACCGGGUUGAAGCCAUCGUUCAUUCAUGCCGUGAAGGACGUGAAUCGUAUGCGAGCUUGUAAUUGGGCAAAGUUGACACUGCAAUUCCUUCACAACGGUGUUCGCAAGUAUAAAGGUCAUCGCGGUGCAACUGGAUGUGUUUUCCUGCUAAUGAAAUAAAUUUUGUGUGACUACCGUCAUGAAUUUAAGAACAAAGAGUACAGGGCAAAAAGUAUGCUGAACCUCAAUGGAGGAACCAAUUAAAACUACGUUGCGAAGAGGGGAACAUGUACAUAAAUUUUUUUUCUUGGUUUCAUCAAUAAAGUCCUUGGUGUGCUGUACAAUUUUUUCCCCAAAAAACAUUGCAUGAUAUGUGCCUAUAAAGUUGACAGCAUCCUCAACAAAAUCGGUAUGCUAUGUACGUUCCACUGCAAAAUUGAGAAUAAUGAAUGUCAUUGUUACUGAAUAUAGUUCAUUUCUGUGGGAAGAACAACUUAAUUAUGGUGUGCCCCUUAAUGUCCACAGCUGUUGUACCUUGAUUGUGUUUGUCUGAGCUCGACUACGACGCGGUCCACACCUCGGCUUCAUGAUUGGGGUGAUACCCAAAUACGGGAGACGCUGCGACGUAUCAGAAGGAAGCAAAAUUUCCCA